AUGACAGAACUAACUGUAAGAAAAUCAAAAUCGGCUUUGUCGGCCACCCGAUCGAAAACAUUAUUCGUGAACAAAUAUACAGGAGAAAGCUACUUACAACAAAUUCAUGAUGAAGAGGAAGAUGACAUGGUACCGUAUGCGAUCCGUGAAGAAAUUCUGGACCGAGUUAUGAACCACAUCUACGACAAGUACUUGGAAAAGGAAAUGUACAACUUCGUGAUUGAAUGUACUUUUGACGCCUUCAUCCAAUUUUUGAAUAUGGAAUUUUACUUCCACCACAUACCCUCGAUUUACGAAGCAGAUCUGGCGUGGACGUCGGACUUGCCACCCGAACCGUCGCCGCCAGAUACAUGGGCUCAUCGUCGCGAAGACAUUCAAUUACCCCCCGAAGAAUUGGAAGUUCCAGUCAAAUCGGAGACAGCGAUUACUUUGCAUUCGGAACAAGAGUUGUCGGAAGGAUCCAGAUUUGAUAUUUGGCCACCGUACCCUAGUUUCAGGGAUCCGACAUGUGAGACUUCAACGGACGUAUCUUUGGACAAGGUUGAGAUCACCGAGGUUUCAACGGAUGUGGAUUACCAGGAGGAUUUGUUCAAGUAUUUGGCACAGCAGACGCAAGUUGUGGUGGAGGAGGAAUCUACUCCUUCGAUUGCAAGCGAAGUACAGUCUGAUCAUCCAACUAUUAAUGACAUUCUUGACGAAAUUUUGGAGCAAGUGGACAGAGAGGCUGCAGGAAGUGAAUACAACUUUUUAAACUUUGCCAAGACUUUGAAGAAGUUAGGGACGUGUGAAGUUUCGCAGCAAAAGGUUCCUAAGAAACUAUCGACUAAAUUGCCACCGAUUCAAUUGUCGACUGAAAAAGAGGAUCAAGAUAAAAACGAAAAGAAGAGUAUUGCUUUAGAAGGACUUCCGCCAAUUCGAUUCGAGACGCAGUUUGAAAUCAGCAGCGAAAUAGUAGAGGACGAUAAAAGUAAGAAAGGAAAGAAAUCUCGGAAGUCUAAGACGUAAAUUAUAUAUGUUUUAUAUGCUGCAUUUUGAUUCGAUAUUUGUUGUAACCGUUAAAUUAGAAAAAACAAUAA